CCAAGGCAAAGGAAGCUGGCAGCAUAGUAUUUAGCAGGAAGGGAAGGCCUCCCCAAUAACAGGAAACUAAGAGCAGAGUCCAAAGCGGAAAGAGGGAGGAGACUGCUGCAGCAGUAGCUACUGGUGGGAGCCUAAUGUGGCAGAGGGGCUGCCGACACCAACACGGAGGCUGAGGGCCCCCAAAAGGAGUGCUGGAGGUACCACCGCCAUCCUCCUCGCCCACCCCUCUGCCCUCCUGACGCGAUCCUCGCCUACGGGGGGUCUUCCCCUCCCAGCACUUGCAAGCUGCCGGCUCAUCGCCUGCCAAUCCUCCUUGGACACAGGCUCACCGCAAAAGAAGCUGCGAGGUGUCCGAUUUGGGCACUUGAGGCCCUAGAUCCGGGGCGGUGGACGCCAGGCAAGGCAAGACAUGAAAACCGCCAACUCACAGGAGGCCGAAGGGCAACAAACCAGGGCAGUUGCAGGACGGGCCACUGGGUGUGCAAACAUGACGAAGAAAAAAGCCUCCCAAAAGAAGCAGAGAGGCAGACCUUCGUCCCAGCCCCGCAGGAACAUCGUGGGCUGCAGAAUUUCACACGGGUGGAAGGAAGGCGAUGAGCCCAUCACCCAGUGGAAAGGAACCGUUCUGGAUCAGGUGCCUAUAAAUCCUUCUCUUUAUCUGGUGAAAUAUGAUGGAAUUGACUGUGUCUAUGGACUGGAACUUCACAGAGAUGAAAGAGUUUUGUCUCUUAAAAUUCUUUCUGACAGGGUGGCAUCAUCUCAAGUCAGUGAUGCAAACCUUGCAAAUACCAUAAUUGGUAAAGCUGUGGAACAUAUGUUUGAGGGUGAGCAUGGUUCUAAGGAUGAAUGGAGAGGAAUGGUCUUAGCCCAAGCACCUAUCAUGAAAGCCUGGUUUUAUAUUACCUAUGAGAAAGAUCCUGUCUUGUACAUGUACCAGCUUCUAGAUGAUUAUAAAGAAGGAGACCUCCGUAUCAUGCCAGAGUCCAGUGAGUCUCCUCCAGCAGAGAGGGAGCCAGGAGGAGUUGUAGAUGGCCUGAUAGGUAAACAUGUGGAGUAUACCAAAGAAGAUGGCUCCAAACGGAUCGGCAUGGUCAUUCACCAAGUGGAAGCCAAACCUUCUGUGUAUUUCAUCAAGUUUGAUGAUGAUUUCCAUAUCUAUGUCUAUGAUUUGGUGAAAAAGUCCUAACUGUUAGGGUGAACUUUGCCACAUUUGUGGAAACAAGUGUGUACUUUGUAGACAUGCAAAAUAAUGUUACUUUUCAGUGUAUCGAAAGCUUAAGGGUCCCUGUUAAUUCGACAUCUUUGCCAGCAUAACUAUUGUUUUGUUCUGAAAAAUACAAAUUUGUGUGGACAUGACAUGCUGUGUGUAAGGAAUUUAUCAUGUUGAAAAGAUUGGGUGUGUUUGGUGGAUGGGACAUGAAAGGAAGGAACAGCUGUAAAUUCAGGCUGCGAAUAAAGUUCAGCCAGUACCAUAAUCAGUCAUCUAAAAAUGAAAUAGGACUUAGUUGGUCUGGUCUAGGGAGGUGGGGUGGGGGAGAGAAAGAACUAGAGAUGGGCUGUGGGGGAAGGGAGAAGGGGAGGUGGCUGCUUAGGAGGAGGUGGGGAGGGGGCAGAAAUAGAAAGGCUCCUAAGGGGGGAGGGUGACCUAAAAGACAGGGAGGCCCCCCCGAACCUGGAGGGGAUGAAGAAUAACAGAGGAAAGUGAGAUCCUGGGGCUUAGAGGAAAACAGACAGAAUAAAUUGGGUAGAGAAGGGCACAAAGAAGCUUAGAAGAGGUCCAGAGUAAGGGAGAGAAAGAUGAAGUUGGCAGGGACCUGGAGAGAGGCUAAAAGGAUAUUCAAAUGGUGGCCUAUGAGUGAGUGAGGAGCCAGAAGGGGAAGGACACAGAGGAAGGAGGAAUUCUAAGAAAAAAGACUGACAGAGAGAGUGAGAAUACAGAAAAAAAAAAAAAAAAUAUAUAUAUAUAUAUAUAUAUAUAUAUGGAGAGUGGGGUCCAGGAGAGAUGGGAAGACCUAGGAAAAAGUAGGAUUCCUGGCAGUAUCCAAAUUGCCCCCUCUGGCUUUGUGCCCAAAGGAUGUGACAAUAGUCAAAGAAACCAGAUGGACUGGAGGUUCCCUAGAGGGACAUUCUGACAGGAAUGUCCCAUGAGUUAAGCAGAAGUCAAUUUUAUACCUAAAAGGCUUUUAUUAUUUCAAGAAGUUCAUGCCACACCUGCUGAGCAGAACCCCCGCCUCAGCCUAAACACACUAACAUGGUGUACCAUACGCAGGGAGCUCAUAUUUUCCAGAGGACCCAAGAGCAGUAAAUCUCAGACCUGAAGGUCUUGGUUCACUUCUCUCAGAACUUAAAAGAUGUGCCACCUUGCAUUUGGAAAGCAUUUUAUCCAGAAAAAUGGAAACUUUCUAAACCCAGGUACAGCAGUCCCCUCACUGUUUUUCCUCCUCCUGGGCUAUACCUUGCCUCCUUAUGGAAGAGGUGCAUCAGAGGAUUGAGCCUAAUGUUUCUCUCCAUGGCAUGGGGAAUACUUGACUGUCCAUACUUCUCUCAGCAGCUGCCUGAAACCACAGGUGGCUCCACCCAGUGCUUCAGCAAACUGAAGGUCUGCUGCCCUCAGAGGCCCUAUUCUGGCUAUACCCCGACAAAGCCAAUGGCUACUGACCCUUCAUAGGUACUUCCUGACCAGUCUUGCCCGCCUCAAGCACAUGAGGAGCUGUGAUCGAAGUUUGUGCAGUUCUAUUUCCAGGAUCACUCUGAAAACUCUGGAGAGUAGUCUCUAAUGGGCUCAAGGAUGGAAAAAGGGAGAUCAAUUCGUGCCUAUUCCAGUAAUCCAGGUUUGUAACCAUUUGAGAGACAGGCACAAUAAUGACACAAAUGGAGGUCAAAAUAUCUUCUUUAUAAUUGAUAAAAGCUGGAUUAGAGAACAUACCUAGCUUGAGGCCACGACUACUUCCUUACACCCCACCCAGUCACAGAUCUGAGAGAAGCAGAUAGCUUAGAGCCUUGGAGGGCCUAGAUAGGAAUUUUGUUUUUACACUGUGUUUAUGACUGCAGGUCUUCCUGAUAGGGACAGGUAUCCCUGGCCGACAAACUUACUCUGUGUUUGAAAAUAAAUUAGAUUAUACCUAAAAGAAAUAAAGACAAGAAACAAACAGAAAAAUAAAAUAAAAUAAAGACAAGAAACAACUCGGAGAAUUCUUACAUGUUCAACCUCAUAAACUCACCAAUUAAAGUCAUUGGGAGAUAUGAAGUCAGGGGAAUGAGGGUCCUAUUUAACAAGUACUGUACAUAGUAGUUGGUAGGAAAAAUGAAAUGAAAUCUCUUCUUUUUAAAUAAUUUUUAUUUUCUUUAAAAAACUAAUAUUUUAUUUUAUUGAGGUAUAUAAUUGGCAUAUAAUAUUAUUUAGUUUCAGGUGUGCAAUAUAAUGGUUUGAUUUUGUAUAUUUGCAAAAAUAUUACAGUAAGCAUCAUUAAUAUCCAUCACCAUUCAUAGUUACAAUUUUUUUCUUGUCACAAGAAAUUUUAAGAUAUACUCUCUUAGCAGUUUUCAAUGUGCAAUACACUCAUUAACUAUAGUCACUUUUCUGUACAUUAUACUUUUAUGACAUUUUGUAACUACAAGUACCUUUUGACCCCUUCACCCAUUCCACCCACCAUUUCUUAACUUGUGCAGUUAAUACAUUGUACAACAUGCCUGGGCAUAAUUUGUAAUAGGUUAUAGUUUAAAGGAUUAAUAUUUUCAGUACUGCUUUAAUGUUCUUUUUUAAAUCGAUUUGAGAGUAUUCUGAAAUAAACCAUGAACUGCCUAACUCAUUAGAGAAACAAGAGUAGAUAUUUGUGAGGGAAGGCCCUCACAAAGUGUGGGCAUGACUCCUCUGACUCCCCUAUGACCUUCUUGUGUCCAUCACUAAGGGAGAGAAAUGCACCACUAGUUAACCACAAGAAUGGCUAAUAAAACCACUGGCUUAAAAAAG